ACAAUCAAAGGAGUACCUCUGAAGGCUGUGCAGAAAGAGGGACGCAAUGGUAACACUCCUGCUCCAUGAGCUCCCUCUCAGGUUCUGCAUGUAACUCUCAAGGCUAUGCAGGAAGAAGGACAGAAGACUGCCUGAAGGAGUCCAGAAGAGAGUGAACAGAGAGUGGGGGCAGAGGAGAUGGGUGAACAUGCAAUGGAGAUAUGGUUUCACCCUGAACAUGAAACAUGUGGAAGGGGAUGUACAGGCAACAAAUUGUGGGGACCAGCUAUUGCCUGGACUUCAAAGGUACUUCUUCAAAAAGAUGGCAAUGGACCUAUGGAAUGGAUAAGCAGGAUGUUGAAGGAUUACUACCUUUCCGAUAACAGAAAGCUGGAUACUUUUCCCUGAAGUAUGAGUUUCUGUAGAAGAAGCAUUCCAAAACAAUGUGGCCACCGUGUUUGAUAUGAUGAGGUGCAUCAGAAACAUAUUAUGGAUUUAUUAAGUGAUUUUUGUAUCCAGAAGAACAUUUGUGACAACCAGGAAGUUGGGAUCCUUAUGAAAUGUUUGGCUAGACGGCACAUUCAGGUGUUGUUGCCACCAAAGCUGGAAAAGGCUUCACUUGGCAUCAAUUGGUGGGGAGACCUCAUGGGAGGAUUUUUAGCAAACUGGAGCUGUUCCUUUAAAGGCAGUUGAGCUGAAAGGGGGUCUGUUCCUACUAAGGGCAUGGCCAAACCUUUUUUCAGACUACAGAGGUUUCUUCGACAGAUACAGUUUCUGCUCUUCUUUCUUACAGCUGCUUAUCUCAUGGCAGGAAGCCUUCUUCUAUUACAGAGGACUGGAUUUGUUAUUCAGUUGGGCUCAAGGAGUGUUUCAAAUCUGCAGGUUUCUGAUGCAAACGUGCUUGAAGGUGCCUUACAUGCAAGAAUUUUACAAAGUACUGGGUUAAGUCCUAAACUUCCAGUGACAUUGAAUAUGUUUAGCGGACCUGAAGCAAACCACUUAUAUGGACCACGCUGGCUGAUGUCACGGAACUCUGAAUUAAGAAAAUUAAGAAGACGGUGGUUUCACUCUUUUAUAAAUGACCAAGACACCAGGCAAAAUCCAAUAUCCAAAGCUGUGAAGUACCUAGAUCCAAGUAAAGGUACGUACAUUGGAUGUUUUAAGGAUGAUGCUAAAGAAAGAGAAUUGAAAGGAUCUGUAUUUUAUGAUUUUAGAAAAAUGUCUCUGCCAUUUUGUCUGGAUUCCUGCACAGAAAGAGGAUACAUCUUUGCUGGCCUGGAGUAUGGUGGAGACUGCUACUGUGGCAACAAGAUGCCAGUAACCACUGCAAGAGAGGAAGAAUGUCAUAUAGAGUGCAAGGGAGAAAAAGGUUCCAUUUGUGGUGGCGUAAAUCGUCUCUCCCUCUAUAAGAUAGAAGAUCCAGAACGUGCAACAAAACGCUACAGGAAUACCUUCUAUCGAGGAUGUUUCAAAACUCCACAAAAUAUAACAGCCACAUUUCCUGUUUUCUUGAAGCAGUUGAAUAUGACGGACAUCAUAUGCACAGAUUUCUGCACUGAAAAAGAGUUUCCUUUGGCUGUCAUCAGGAGGGCAGAAUGUUACUGUGGAUAUCCCACAGUGCAUUUCACACUUCACGAUGGCAUACAAGAGCACAACUGUGGAGAUACAUUAAAUGUCAGUACCAGACCAGCGAUCCCAAGAAAUGGAAAUUACUGCAUCGUUUAUCAGACUCCAAUUCAAGAUACUAGGUGCACAGACAGAAAGUUUCUACCAUCGAAAUCUAAAGGAUUGGUAGCUUUGUCCAGUUUUCCAGGAGCAGGUAACACCUGGGUCCGGCAUUUAAUAGAACAUGCUACAGGUUUUUAUACAGGGAGUUAUUACUUUGAUGGGACUCUCUACAACAAAGGCUUUAAAGGAGAAAAGGAUUACUGGAAAAGUGGACGGACUAUAUGUGUAAAAAUUCAUGAAAGUGGAAGGAGAGAAAUUGAAAUAUUUGACUCUGCAAUUUUAUUAAUUAGAGAUCCAUACAAGUCUCUAAUAGCAGAGUUCAACAGGAAAUGUGCUGGACACUUAGGACAUGCUACAGAACAAAACUGGAAAAGCCAAGAAUGGCCAGAUUUUGUGAACAGCUACGCUUCUUGGUGGACCUCUCAUGUCCUGGACUGGCUAAAAUAUGGAAAACACCUUCUUAUUAUUCAUUAUGAAGACCUGAAAAGGAAUCUUUUUCAGCAGCUGAAACUCAUGAUGGAAUUUUUAAAUGUCACAGUAUCAGAUGACCGACUGCUGUGUGUUGAAAAUAAUAAAGAUGGAAAUUUCAAACGCUCUGGCCUCAAAAAAGACUUUGACCCAUUUACACCUGAGAUGAAGGAUUUAAUCAACAAAUAUAUAAAAGCAGUUGAUGAUGCUCUGAGAAAAAGAAACUUUACUGGUUUGCCAGAGGAGUAUAUGCCAAGAUGAUAUAUAAAACCGAGACUGUGAGAGAGACAUGGAAUGCAAUUUUCAAGAACACAAAUUAAUGCAGCUUUGGGCAGCUCUGCAGAGACAUUGAAUGCUUGCAGAAUGAACUAAUGAAGGACAGGAAGUUCAUAUCAUCCUUGGCAAAAGCCAUUACAACUGUACUGCAUCUAUUUUUCUGAGAAAGAGCAAAAUAAUUCAUUUGAGCAGAUAUACUCUAAUGAACCUUAGGUACAGUUGCUCUCUUAGUUUACUACAACUUUUGUAUGUAAUUUCACAUUCAAAAACAUGCACAAUACUUGAAAUUUGUAAGAAAUAAAAUCCAGAUUCUAAUCUUGUUGUAAAAAAAUAUAUUUGGUUUAGUGUAUAAAAACUGAAUAUUUCUUACUGGUUUCUGAAUGCAAAAAUCUGUGCAGUAGGGCCAUAAGAAGGUAUUCAUAAGAGUAAGUAACUUUGCUUAAAACCCAUAGAAAUUAUUUUCCUAAAAUAGCUCUUUUUGUCUUGAAAUUCCAUCAUGUCCUUUAAAUAUGAUAGGUUUAUUAACUGUUGCUUUUAAUGAAAACUGUACUGUUUUGCUUUGAGCCAUGUGCCAUUAAAUGCAAAAAGGAUGGAGAAUAUUUCCAGUGACUCAGAGCUUUCAUUCUUUUUUCAGGAAAGAUUGGGCAGGUUGAAUUUGUAUUAAACUGGUAUUAAAAUCAUAAAAGAGA